AUGGGGACGAGAACGAACUUGUACAAAAACCCUUCUUAUGCAUACAACAAAGACUUCAAUCUCAACUCUGUCCUUCAAAACCUUAGAGCUUACAAUGUUGCCACCGGUAAUGCUCCUCCGAUCGAACAACCAGACUCCGGCGACGACAAAACCGUACAUCAUAAAACCCGUCCAAAACGGAGGCCACCGUUGAAUCGCAAUGGUGAAAACGAAGAGAACGAUGGACCAAUGUCUCACCAGGAUUACAUUGACAAGAGGAGGAUGGAAGUUAGUUCAUCUCGGGCUAAUCAGGAAUUGACUGCAGAUGUGUUGGAAACUCCAGGGGCGUGUAUACAUUUGGUUGAGUAUGGCAGUCAUACAGAUACUACCUCAGAAGGUGAAGAAAGGCAGAACCCCUCUAAUAAUUAUGGUUCGCUCCUGGAUAAUUGUGAAGAAAGGCAGUAUCCUCCUAAAUCUGGUUUCACAAGUAAAGCUGAUCAAGUUAAGACCAGAAGUAAGCAGCGGUUUCCAAUUCCAGGAGAUCCUGUGUGUGUGGUGUGUGGGAAAUAUGGAGAAUACAUCUGCAAUGAGACUGAAGAUGAUAUCUGUAGCAUGGAUUGCAAAGCAGAGCUACUGGAGAACCUCAAACUACUCAAGGGGUCAUUAAGCAGCCAAAUCCUAGUUGAAUCAUCUUCUGAACUGAAGUGUGCAUCACAAGUGCCUGAGUUUGGUGGGGGCACUUGGGAUUAUGAUCGUCAUCGCUGGUCCAAGAAGAGGUCAAGCCUUUGUACUUACGAAUGUUGGAAAUGUCAAAGACCUGGACAUCUGGCUGAAGAUUGUCUGGUGAUGACAUCUAAUUGUCAACCUCCUUCUCCUGGAAUAUGUAACCAGGUGGCAAUAGUUCAAAAUAAAUCCCCUUCAAUACCCAGAGAUCUGCUUGAAUUGUACAAAAGAUGCCACCAAAUCGGGAAAAAAUCAUCAGCUUCAAAGUGCAAUGCGUGUAAUUUGUCAGUAACUUUGGCCACAUGCCUCAACUGUACUAAUGCCUUUUGUGACAGUGCAGGUCAUUUAAGUGAGCAUAUCAGGGCACACCCCUAUCAUGGACAAUAUUACUCCCAUAAGCUCAAGCGUUUGGUCAAAUGCUGUAAAUCAACAUGCAACGUGACUGAUAUUAAGGACCUUUUGGCUUGCCAUUAUUGUUUUGAUAAAGCGUUUGACAAGUUCUAUGAUAUGUACAGCGCAACUUGGAAAGCUGCUGGACUUUCAAUCAUCUGGGGUUCUAUUUGUUGUGAGGAUCAUUUUGAAUGGCACAGGAUAAAUUGUCUGAAUGCAGGUGUAGAAAACAGUGCUUAUAUCGUCAACAAGAAUGCCCAGAAUGAGAACUAUAUUCAGCUGAGUGACUUUAUUUUCUGA